AUGAUCUCUCAGCUUGUACUGCUGACAGCCGUGGUCGCGGCCCUGCCGGGCCCCAAACCCGUCAUUGGCGGGAUCACCUCCAGCCUACAAAGCAUCUUGAAGAACACGCAUAAUAGCAAGGACUAUGGGUAUCCGACAGAUAUUACGAGGGACCUGCUUCCAAUUCCGGUGCACUCUCACAAUGACUACUGGCGAGAGCGGCCUUUCUACACCGGAUUGUCGAAAGGCUGCAGUUCCACUGAAGCCGAUGUCUGGCUAUAUAACGGAACCCUCUAUGUUGGGCACGAUCAAUCCGCUUUAACGCCUGAGCGAACUCUCCAGUCUCUCUAUAUUAACCCGAUUCUGGAUAUCCUGGAACGCCAAAACCCGACAAGCGCCUUCAUUACAUCGCCGACCAAAAACGGAGUUUGGGAUACGGCGCCAGAGCAGACACUCUACUUCUUUAUCGACGUCAAGACGUCAGGGCGAGAGACUUUCCAAGCUGUUAUCGAGGCUUUGGAACCCCUGCGUGAGAAGGGAUAUCUCUCAACAGUCAGGGACGGGAAGAAUCUAACCAAUGGACCGAUCACUAUCAUUGGCACUGGCGACACUCCGCUGGACAUGGUUGCCCCAGUCCUCGACAGAGACUACUUCUUUGACGCUCCUCUGGCCAACCUCAAUGACCCCAUAUAUGCGGCUAUUGACGGCCUGGUCUCUCCUGUCGCGUCAACGGAUUUCGAGCAGGCAGUUGGCAAGCUCACUGUGGAUACAGACCCGAUUCUCAACGAUGAUCAGCUCAGAGCUCUUCGGGAUCAAAUUGCCACUGCAAAGAAACGGGGUAUUGGUGCGAGAUAUUGGAACACACCUUACUGGCCGGUUCGCCAGCGGAAUCUGGUCUGGAGGACUCUUCUGCGGGAAGGAGUGUUUCUUCUGAAUGCCGAUGAUCUCGAUGCUGUGAUUGCGGAAUUCUAG